CACCAUGCUGCAUUGCCAUCGCAUGCCAUCGUCAUGUGGGAGUACGGACUGAGCAACUUCCCGUUCGUGCCCGUGGAGGUCGGGCUCAACCGACGUAUCAGCUACACCCUCCCGAGUCGUAUCCCUCAGAACUGCGUCCGCCUCUUGAAUGCGUCCCCGGCGCGAGAGCAUUGGGAGUGCAUAGGUGUCCCGAAACUUCUCGCGCGCAACCCGGCGAGCUACCCGUAUCACUUCCCCAACACCCGACUCAAGUGGCAAGGCAAAAUUCGUUAUGCCGACAGGCUCUUCUUUUCCAAGACGCGCGCGACGCGGGAAUCCAGACAGUUCCAGAAGCGCUUUAAGGACAGCGGCAUUCCGCACGACGUCCUGACCGACCUUAUCCAUGAAGAGAACCGAUUUCAAGAGCGCCAUCGUGUCCUUCGCUCCGAUCGUCAAGGCAAUGCACUGCAUGCGACGACGUGGAACGAUCGCCACGUGGUGUUGUACCCCACUGGGGAGCUGUUGCACCAGGUCCAAGUAAAAUACCGCCGAGGUUCGACUGCGCAUUGGCACGCCGGACCCGAGAAACCCAUUGAUAUCGUGAAUCGAAUCGAGCAAAUCGAUCUCCUUGGCACUCUCGCGUCCGGCAGCGCCAAGCCGCUUCGCGUGGUCGUGCGCGGCGCUGCCGCGUGCCACGUCAUCACAUUUCACAACGCAGAGUUUACAGACCACACCGCCGACUCCAUACAGUUUCCAUCUAUGCUGUACCACGUCGCUCCGAGCCCCCACGUCGACGACGAGUUCUCUUGCAUCUCCACGUCUGGGAAACUGUUUUCGUGGACGGCGGCCGGCGGCGCGCAAGUCGUCGGGCAUGCCAUGCCACAACAGCGCUGGCUCCGGUGCGAAUACAGCAGCCAUCCGUGCGUGCUGUGGGUGGCCAACCGCCACGCAGUCGGGACGUAUGACAAUCGUAUGCCGGCCCCACAGGGCUUCAACUGCACGGACUGGCUCGUCGAUUACAUUCCCGCGCCUACUGAGAUCGUCGACAUUCGACGGCAUCCAUCCUGCCCCUUUCAGCUCGUGGUUCGCACGGACACGUCGUUGGAUAUCUUGGACGUGCGCAGCCCACACAAGUCGAUGGUGCAGUGGCGGCACGCUGGGCUGCAUCCUGCCACCGUGACCAAACAGCCCCACACGAUCGGCACCGUCGACGUGCUGGACAUUUCGUCGCCAGACCAUGACAGAGCGAUCAUUUUGUCGGGGUCGGCAGUCACGAACAAAGUGUCUGUGCAUUGGUAUCACGGCCACGCGGCGGACGACCCGACGAUGCUGUCGCUACGAGGGGCGUCGGCCAGCCAGAUCAGCGCCGCCGAUGCCGCGUUUGACUUGCAUUUGCCCGAUACGACGCCAUGGGUUCACCAGAUCGGUGCAUGUGCGCUGCGCACGGCCGACGACGUGUGCGACGUGUUUCAACUCUCGUCUCUCGGCGAUCUCUUCGUCCACGUUAUUCAACACAACCCGUCCGACGCCCUCUGCAUGCAAGCCAAUGUGCCGUGCGGACGAGCGAUGCGCACCGCGCCAGAGGACGUUCAACACGAAGACCCCAUCAGCAUGCCGCUGCCGGCCAAAGCGUUCUUGCCGGAGCAUGACGCUGCAUCCAUGCAGCCGUUCCGCUUACUUCAUGUAGCCAGGCUGCAACAGACAUUGGCUCCUCCUGCAUGCACCACUCUGCCAGCAACGGACCGCCUCGCCGAUCUCCCCUCCCGGCUCGCGGCGCUCCUGACGCCAUCCACGACCCUCGUCGCCGUCAUGCGCACGUACUACUCGACUCGGCCAACUUAUAGCCACCUCGUCCAUGCCGUCGCGGCGCUUCCCCACGUGAUGCUGCGGUUUACCACACCGCACGCACGAUCGAGUCAACAUACCCUCCCCCGUCGUCAUGCAUCCGACGACAACCGGCCGUUGUGCGGCUGCCACGACCCCAUCUCGGCAUACGUCAACUCGUCCCCGCCGCCAAUGCCGUGCGAAGACAGCCAGUGCCCUCUGCCGCACCUAUGGAUCAUCCAGCCGACGCCGCCAGACCCGCCGUCGCCAAAGCACACGUGGCAUCCGUCGGCUGUUCCGCUCACGAACAAGCCCCUCCAGUACGAUGCCCUUGUCAAUACGACAUCGCACGCCCAGGUCGUGGUCGAUUUGGAAGCGGUGUAUGGCGAUUCCUACGACGCCCUGCCUUCGAGUCCCCGGCGCAUCAAGCAGCAACUGCAGUUUUCAUGGUAAUAGAUGGUGGGAAAGCACUCGAUGUCUUGCACGGCGCAUCACGGCAUCUCGUGGCGCUCUUUCUU